AUCGCAAGCGAGUGUUGUACUUUUUUCGGAGUUUGAUGCUUCUUUAUUGUUAUUAUUUUAAAACGUAAAAGAAAUGUAUUUCUAUUCAUUUAUAAAAGUGUUUCCGUGAGUUUGGUUUUUUACAAGUCCAUCGCAAAGACUUGCGAUGGACGUACCAGACGAAGGAGUGUUGGACGUGGACUCAUUAGUUGACGAUGGGUCCGAUGAAGAAUGUGAAGCUCAGCCUUCUUCAGAUUUUUAUGCAGGACCAGCAUCAACGCCUACAUCAUGUGCAUCAUCUCCAAGAGGCGAAGAGCCAGCAUCCCCUCACGCUGCAGUGUCUCAAACUGCAUUUUUUCAUCAAACAUACACACGCCCAUUCUUUACAUCACGACGAGGACCUGGCAGACCCCGGAAGGAGGGGGUCAAAUUGGCGAAAGAGGGCAAAAUUGUUAGGAGGUAUAGAGGUAAUGCUGGAACAUUGAGAGGUGCUAAACGCCACCGCACUAGUAGAGAUGAUGCACUUGAUGAUAUGAUGGAAGAUGAUGAUUUUACAAUGCCAGCCCCAGAAGAGCCACCUUACACACCAGAAAAGUGGCCUGGCAAAGUUUGUGCCUUGUGUAACCUAAGUGAACGCAGUCAGCUAGGACAAGGAGAGAUGAAGCAAAUACCUUGUAGCGUGGAGGAGGAUGGUAACACUACACCAGCUGCGACUUCAGUACCCACUACUCCUACACCCACAACUCCUACUAACUUGCCUGCUGGUUUGGCGUCACCACCAUUGGAAAUGUUGGAUGCUACUCAACAACAAGCUUUACUACCUUUGAGUAGGAGACAGAAGUCAUUUAACAAGUGCAAGACACCAUUAUACAACAUGGAACAUACAGAUGAAUUGUCAAUAAUUGGACACAUAGACUCAGUGGAAUUGCCUUCACUAGUAUCUUCAGGAAUGCUUUACAUUCAUCGCUGUUGCCUUGAGUUCAGUCCACCUUUCCAAGAAGAAGUUGCUGCAUCUAGUUCAGAAGAAAAUAAAGAACAGUUGGAAGAAGCUAGAGUUAGAGGAAUUGUUACAGCAGCGCUUCUGAGAAAGUGUUCAUUUUGUCAACGCCAUGGUGCUAGUAUACCUUGCAAGAUGAGCUGUAGCAAAUACUACCAUUUGCCAUGUGUUCUUGCUUCUGGAGGAUUUAUGGACUUCCAAACAAAAUCUUCCUUCUGUAAAGACCAUUUAUAUCAAGCACCUCUUGUGUGCACUGCUGAUAUUGAUUGUAGGACUUGUCGAACAAUAGGAGACAUGUCCAAUCUCAUGACAUGUGUAAUUUGUGGAGGACAUUAUCAUGGCACUUGUGUGGGACUUGCUCAGCUGCCAGGAGUGCGCGCGGGCUGGUCGUGCCGCUCGUGCCGCGUGUGCCAGGUGUGCCGCGGCGAGGCGGUGGGCGGCGCGGAGUCGCGCGCCGUCACCUGCGAGCACUGCGACAAGCUGUACCACGCGAUGUGCCUGCGCCCCGUCAUGGCCACCGUGCCCAAGUACGGGUGGAAGUGCAAGUGUUGCCGCGUAUGCUCGGACUGCGGCUCGCGGUCACCCGGCGCUGGACCAUCUUCCCGUUGGCACGCGCACUACACAGUGUGCGAUUCUUGCUACCAACAAAGGAAUAAGGGCUCAUGCUGUCCGCUGUGUCGACGGGCGUAUCGAGCCGCAGCAUAUAGAGAUAUGAUACGGUGUACUGCGUGUCGGAGAUUUGUUCACGGAAUGUGUGAUCCGGAUGCAGAUCCACAGCAGUAUAAACAGAAAAAGGAUCAAAACCCAUCAUAUGAAUACACAUGCCCAUUAUGCAAAGCGCAUAUGCAAAUGGCAUCUAAGACAGGAUCAUUUGAAGAGGACAACAUGGCGUCUACAUCACAAGAUUCAUCAUUUGGUGAUGAAAAUUCACAAGAGCAAGAUCCUCUUGCAAUAGAGUUAAAGUCGGACGUAGGAUUGGGUAAAGGCAAACCAUAUUCGGUAUCAUCAAAGGUUGCAAAGAAGAAAAUUGGUGGUUUUAAAUUAAAAGGCGGGUUUCCUCCGGCUGGCAAACUAGGAUUUCAAAAACGUCAACGCUCAGUACUUGAGUUUGGUAGAAAGAGAGGAUCGAAACCGAAAAUGCGAGGAGUUUUCGGAGUACCCGGAUUGGGUCUCCAGAGACCACAGGCACCAGAUAAUAAGACGCCUGAAGAUGAUCCAGGGGUCGAAAAUAAGUUAGUCCUAUGUUCAAGUAAGGACAAAUUUGUGCUGACUCAAGAUUUAUGUGUGAUGUGCGGUGCUAUUGGAACUGAUUCGGAAGGAUGUCUUAUUGCUUGCGCGCAGUGUGGACAGACGUAUCAUCCUUACUGUGUUAAUAUUAAGGUAUCGCAAGUGAUAGUGUCCCUUGGCUGGCGUUGCCUAGACUGCACGGUAUGCGAAGGCUGCGGUUCGCGCGGAGACGAAGGUCUUCUCGUACUAUGUGACGAUUGUGACACCGCGUGGCAUACAUACUGUGCGCGGCCGCAGCUGGCUGACGUGCCGCGGGGCGCGUGGCGCUGCGAGCGCUGUCGGCGCUGUCUCGUGUGCGGGACGAGGGACACGCAGCUGUGGUGUGACAACUAUACGGAAUGCGCGCCGUGUGCCUCCCUGGUGAUGUGCUGCGUGUGCUCAGAGCCGUACUCGGACGGCGAGCUGAUCAUACAAUGCGUGCCGUGCGCGCGCUGGCUGCACGCCGCGUGUGAUAACAUACGCAGUGAGGCGGAUGCCGAACUGUGCUGUCGUGCUGGAUACAAAUGCGGACUCUGCCGCGGUCGCGACAUACCGCCGCCGCAUUUAGCGCGUGCAAUAGAACCGGCUAACUCCCACAACUCAAGUUCAUCCAAACCCGCGGGACGUCUAACCGCACUAGCUCUAGGAUUAGCCGGAGAAUACUACGUGGAUGACGUGUGUCUGUCACAACGUGGGGCACAUCAUAUGAAGCAAUUGGAGGCGGAGUUAGGGGUUACACACACGCGCCGCAAGAGGCGCUUUAAACAUGAAAAUACGGAGAAGGACGCCGUGGUUCAGAACUCUGAAGCAGAUGGGGGCGAUGACACCAAGCCCGACACUACAGCGGAAGUUAAAGAAGAACCAGGCUUAUCUACGAACGCCAAUCUCAAAGAGGGCAUCCUAUGGAACGUGGCCAACGAUGGCCCAGUACCAGAAGGCUUUACAAUCUACACUACAGACUCUGGUCUAACUGUACUACGUAGGAAGAGACAGAGGAACUUGAACAAGCUUGGUAUUGGCGGGUUCGUUGUGCGACAGAGGCAGACGACAAAAGCGCAAAAUGAGGAUGAAAAAGAAGGGGAUGGUACGCAACAUUCGGGGGAAUCGCCGAGUAACAAACGAAAACCGAGACGCAAACCUCGCUCUAAAUUGAUGGAACAAUUUCCCUCAUACAUGCAGGAAGCAUUCUUCGGAAAAGAUCUGUUGGAGCCGGCGAAACCAGCAGGUGAAGAAGGCGCCCGGUCACCAGAACUAGGAGCGUUGGAUAAUUCAGAUUCGGACGGCGAGGACGUAAUGGCGGCGUUGUGCGCGUACGCAGAUCGGGACGCGACUGCUUGUAUUUCGCUCUCUCAGGAAGAGGUAGAGGUGCUCACGUCCCUCAAGCCAAAAGAAGAGAAAGAUGAUUUAUCAAACGCAAUGGGCCUCGAUGGUAACAUAAAAAUAAAGACUGAAGGUACAGAAGAUUGCCAAUUGAAGCACACUGAAGAUUCAACAGCGCUCAAAAAUGCUAUACUGGGCCCGCAUCAUGCGGAGAUAGAACAAACGCCUGCAAGCACUGAUGGGGUAGCGCCAGUGCCACCCAAAACUGAACCUAAUACUGAAAGCGCAGUAACGUCACAACCAGCCAUUUCACCAAAGGACGAAUUGUCCCUUCUCGGUGUGAAUCUAGACGCAAUGGUGCGAGACACACUACCAGAUAUGGACAGCAAUGACGUGGAUGAAAUAUUUAAAGGUGUUCUUACGGAUGACUCGCAGGAGUCUCAAGAAUCAUCAGUUUCAUAUGUAAACUCUAUCGGCGGAACGCCAUACUCGCAACAGAGACAACAAUUACAAAGUCCUAUGGAGUAUACAUCACCUUAUCAUCAUACCGAUUUUGGAAGCAGUGGGAGUAGUGCAUUGAGUCCUUUAUACUCAGAAAGUGGAUCUGGUACAAAUUGGCCUGAACAAAGCAAUGCCCCGCCGCCGUCAUACAACCAACGCAGUGCAGACAAAAUGCGUGCUGAUGAGAGUCUAGGCUCAGCAGCGACGAUAUCAGCGGUACUAUACGCAAACACUAACCACCCUGAAUGGAAAACUGAAUUCCCAAAUUGGGUUGAUCGCUGCAAGCAAAUAUUGAAGAAAUGGCGUGCGCUUCCCGCUGAACAAAAGGCACCGUACUUGCAGAGAGCGAGGGAUAACCGAAGCGCGAUACGUAUGAAGAAAGCCCAGCAGAGUUCGAGCGGGGCCAGCGGGGAGGGCGAGGCGAACACCACGCCGCCCACUCCCACGCCCACGCCCACGCCCGCGCCGCCGGUGCCCAGCGCGCCCGUCAGCGUCAGCGCUGUCAGCGUGCCCGCCGCGAACGCGCCCGCCGCGCCCGUCAGCAACGUCAGCAACGUCAGCGCCGUCGGGGUCGGGGCGGUCGGCGUGGGCGUCGCGAGCACGGACCAAGAGCGGGCUUGUAACCAACAAAGGAGUGCUCGUGAAGCGGAACAAGAACGACAGUGGAAGCAGUUACAGCAGAUGCGGCAGCAACAGACGCAACAACAACAACAGAUCAUACACGAUCAGAGGAUACAAGCAGCGAUGCAGCGCUUACGCACAGACGGCAGCCCCCCAUCAGGUGCAGUGGGCCCGCUCCCCACCACAGUACUAGCAGCACCCACUCAGCCCGUGAACGCGCCUGAAGCGCCGAGAAGCGCUUUCCCCGCUCAACGAUUCCCCUUGCAUUAUGCAAACGCGGACGAUAAUAUUAAUAGACAGUUGAGAGAACUGCUGCAGCGACACCCGGAGAAGAUGUGGCCGCCGCAGUCACACGAAGAGGGCGAAGGCGCGGGUUUCCGUUUGCCCUUACCCGUGGGAGGACACGCGCUACGACCGCGCGCGCCCGCACUGCCGAUGCACAGGGCGGACCUGCAGCCGCAACGUGAGCGCAUGUUUAACGCUUUGAUAAUGCAUCAACGUCUUAUGACGCCAGACGGUCAACAGCAGCAAAACAUGGCCAAUGUAGCGGCUCAGCAAAAUAUGGAUCAGAAACAAAAUAUCCAGUCGCAAGCCAACAACUCAAGUGCAGAUAACAAAGAGGAUGGUGGUCCAGAUCAAGGCAGUGAUGAGAUGGACAUUGGUGACAUGGAUAAAUUGGAACAGGACCCUGGCAAUAUAGGAGAGGUCGACAUUCUAACCGGGCUCGGUGCGGAGGACGAUGAGAAGCUUCUAGAAUCCCUCACAGCAGAAAUUGGGGAACAAUUCAAUAUACUGGAGUAUGCAGAUCCAGAAUUAGCGGCAUUGCACGCGGCUGAUCAUCUCUUGGACUCGCUCGAUUUGCCUGAUGAUCAUCAUAAUACUAAUACUAGACGGAACGAUGGUGACCAAAAAGCCGAUAACAAAAUGAGCAAUGAAUUGCAAAAUGCUGUAAAGAACAUUGAAGCAAAACCGGAAAUUAAAUCGGAGCUUGUCGAAGUUAAGUCUGAAGUAGUGGAGAUGAAGACGGAAGUAAAUACACAAAAUCCGGGGCAAAUGUUCCAAGAUGGCGUCCAAAGAGUCAUUACGCAUAGCCAACAGCUUGCUUUACAGAGUGCAAUGCAAGCCAUCAAGGCUGAGGUAAAACCUGAGGCAGAUGACAGUAAGCCCGAAGGCGAAUGGCAAAGACCAGUAUUUUCACAAAUGUUUGGAGUACAGCAACAACAGCAGCAACAACAACAGCAACAAGUAGCUGGUGCGCGUGCGCAACUCGCACCAGGCGCGAGACCGCAGCUGCAGUUUUCGUCUCAUCACAUGCACUUUGCUCAGGGCAACUCGAGCGUGACGAGCGCGAACGCGGCCAGUAUAGUGAGCGCGAUGACGGCGCAGGUGCAGGCGGCGCUGGCGGCGGGCCGCUCCAUCGCGCCCGGCACCAAGCUGCUCGGCGCGGACGGCGCCGUCGGCGUCGUGCGCCACGACCGCUCCGUGCUGCUCACCGCGCUGCCGCACUCCGCAACGGCAGGCGUGGCCCGCGCAGCACCACCUCCGUACCCGGGAGUUCGAGCGCUGAGCGCGGGCGGGCAGGCCCCGCCCCCCGCACAGCACGCAGCACACCACGCCCCUCAACACCAGCAACAUCAACAACACCAACAACACCAGCAACAUCAACAACACCAGCAACAUCAGCAGCAUCAGCAACACCACCAGCCGCCGCCGCCGCCCUACCCGCAACAGAUGGCGUAUGAGAUGUGCGAGGCGUGGCCCGACUGGCUGCCGCGCCGCCCGCUGCUGCUGCAGAACGUAAAUCAGGAGCAACCGUUGCUUCUGGAGGAGCUGUUGGAGCAGGAGAAGCGCGAGCAGGAGCGGGAGGGGGGGGAUUGGGGAGUGAGCGGCGCGGGCGGGGCGCCGGGCGCGGGCGCGGGGCCGGGCGCGGGGUUGGGCGCCGGCGCGGGCGCGGCGCCCCCGGCCGUGCCGCUGUACGGCGGGGCGCCGCCGCCCGCGCCCCCGCCGCCGCCCGAGCGCGCCGCCAGCGAGGCCGACGUGCACGCGCGCCACCUGUACGAGCAGUGGCUCAAGAACUACAACGCGUACGCCGCCGAUCAGCUGCGGUACUACGAGGCGGAAGUGCAAAAACUCCGCAAGAUUCGCAAGUCCCUGAACAGCAAGCAGCGCCAGUUGAGGAAGUCGGGCAAUGAAUUGAUGCCGAAUGAUGCAGCGGAGCUUCAGCGUGUCUCGACCGAACAGCAAGCAUUACAGAAACACUUGGAAGCUGCCAGAAAACAGGCGAGGCAGCACAGCAUGCUUAUGCAGGAAUACGAGACGAAGCAACGUCAACAAAAUCCCCAGCUUGCACAGCAAACGGUUAUUAAUCAACAACAAAUCUCAUCAAAUCAAGGCGCCUUCAAUCAAAACCAAAAUAUCGGACAAUCGUCACAAUUACAGCAACAAGCUACAAUAAAUAGAUCUAUGCAAAUAGGAUUGCAGGGCUCGUCUAUUCAGCAACAACAAACUCUGAUACGUACCCAACAAACGCUUCUUACUUCUGAUGGCCAGCCAUUGCAGCAGCAAAGAAUUGGUUUGGUGACGUCACCACUUAACGCUCAAGGAAGAAUUCUUCAAGGAGGCCGUACCCUUGUCAUAGAGCAAACAGGAGCGCCGCAGCAGCAAUUAGUUCGACAGUUACCCGGUGUACAAGAGCGGGCUCAAUCUGUUGGAGGAAUUGUACAAUUCGGUCAACAGCAAUUGCGAAACACAAUGCCACCAGGCAGUCAAACGCCGCGACCAGCUGGAUCGAGACCUGCAAUGUCACCGCUACACGUACAAUCUCCACACUCUCAGUCGCCGCUACAUUCUAUAGCCCCUCAGUCACCUUUGCAUCAUCUAACUUCGCCAAUGCAAUCGCCUUUGCAUUCGCAGCAAUCCCCGCUACAUCACACGUCUCAGUCGCCGUUGCAUUCAUCGACUCAAUCUCCUCUCCACACGCAACAGUCGCCGAUGCAUUCGCAACAAUCUCCUAUGCACGUACAAGCGACUAGCCAUCCGCAACAGAGUCCGAUGCAUCCACAGCAGAGUCCGAUGCAUCCUCAACAGUCUCCGAUUCACCAACAAUCGCCGAUGCACUCACAAAAUCAAAUGACUGCGCAUUCACCGAUGCAUCCGCAGCAGAGCCCGAUGCAUCCGCAACAAAGUCCAAUGCAUCCUCAACAGAGCCCAAUGCAUCCUCAACAAAGUCCAAUGCAUCCGCAACAGAGUCCGAUGCAUCCACAACAAAGCCCGAUGCAUUCUCAACAGUCGCCGAUGCAUAUACAACAAUCUCCUAUGCAUACGCAACAGUCGCCGAUGCAAUCGUCAAUGUCACCGCAACAUUUCUUACAACAGCUUCAAGCUCAAAGGACGAGUCCCCAAUUGCCGACACCCAGUCGCAGUCCCCAGAUUUAUCAACAAUCACAAAUACAAAGUCCGGUGACUUCGCAUUCACCUCAACUACAAAAUAGUGAUUAUGGUUCGGGAAGAUUUCCUCGACCGGCCCCAGGAUGUUCACCUCUUCCAACUCGAUUUGCUAGACCCCCGCAUCACCAACAAGGAAUGAGAGUUGGAGUGCCUUUUGGUUCUCGACAGCAAACUUCACCACUAGGCAGUCCACAACCGUUGCCUUCACCAGGAAAUACUUCAAAUGAAAUCGCUCGGCAGCAGAUGCUCCAACGGCAGCAGUACAGCCCGAUGGGCGGCGCGCCGGCGUCCCCGUCGGUGUCCCGCUCCCCGCACGUGGCGCGCACGCCCACCCCCUCCGCCUCGCCCGCCGCCUCCCCCGCGCCGCUGCACGACCACGGCGGCGGCCUCCACCACCACCUCGCGCCCUUCUCGCCCUUCUCGCCCUUCCCGCCCGGCUACAGAUACUUCAAGCCCGGCCUCUUCGGCGGCGCCCCCCCGUGGCCCACUAAGGAAGACGAGCGACGCCGACCCGCCCACGUCAGCAAAAUAUCCAUACUCAAACGAGGCUCCGCCCCGCGCCCCAGGUUCGCCGGCAAAACGGCCGCGCCAGAUUCACAGGAGGAAGGCGAGACGAGCGACGCGAGGAAAUACGUCAUUUACUCCAAUGAUGUCGAGUACGGGACGGACGCGAGGAUGAGCUUCGCGAAAGAUGAUGAUCUCGAACAUCUCGUUGAACAUUUGGACGAUGAUGAUAUUGUUGUCGUCGAGCCGGGCGCUAUAUCGCCUGAAGAAAGAAUCGCCACAGAGGAAGAUUUCGAGGAACUGAUUGAUAGUGGAAAACCGGAAGAUGAGGCCGAGGAAGAAACUUCGCAUGAGAAGGCACCUACCAGAACUGAAACUACGACGAAAACUGUCGCCGUUAUUAGCUUGGCGACAGCGAAGCAGCCGUCUAGUAACUUACAACAAUAUAAACUAGUAAACACCUCCCAAAGUUCGACUCUCUCGCGUUUACCUGUCUUGAGCGCGACGGUUCUUUCUCCUCACUCUAAUACGAAAAUAUUAAAUGAAGUUUCUCAAGCUACAGUGGCUUCGGUUUCUAUAGCGAAUCAAACCAUCUCCGUGCCGGUUUUGAAAAAUCUAUCUGUGCCGAUUGGAGGCGUCGGUGGACAUAGCAGUGGAUUGUCCAAAGCACAAAUUAAAAAAGUUCCAUUGAAUAUAACGAAUCAACAACUUAAUUUGUCAUCUCAGUCACAUAAUAAACCUAUGAGUUCAGUUAUAAGUGUAAUAUCCUCCAAUGUGCCGAAAGGUUCAUGUAUUAAUCCUGUUAUUACUCUCGCCACAUCAAAUACAAUUUCUGGACAAUCACGUGUUCCGGUAACAAUAAUGACGCAGCAUCAAGUGAAACAAAAGAUUGUCAAAACAAUUGAAAAACCGGUGGCACUGUCGCUUUCUAACACUAAACUGUCGAGUUUAUCUGUGACACAUGAUGCUACGCUGCCUGCCAAAAUAUUUCAAGAUGACGCUGCUUCUCCUGACAGUACAGUGACAUCUGAAAGUAGCCAAGAAGGACAAAAUCCAGUUUCAUCAACAUCCCAACAUAACAUGAUGUUGUCUACAAUGUCUCAAGAAUCUUCAUCAAAAGACACAAAACCGAUGUCACAUAAUAUAAAAGAUUCGAACAGAGAUAUUGAUAUUGAAAAUGAAAUAAGUAAGCAAACUGAAUUGCCUCAUACUCUCUGUCUAACUGACAGAACCCCUCUCCUUUUGGGAAAAGCUGAUAUAAAGAGUCCAGAUCCAAUUCCAGAGAAAAUCCCAGACAAUAUUAUGGAAGGCGAUGAUGAAGACAAACCGGAAGAUAAUCUUCAAAGUAACUUACUGUUACCAUAUAGUAAAUCCAGUCAUGAGCUUACUUCAGCAUCAGAAAAUAAACCCGAAGAAAAUGUUGUGAAAACAAUUAAAGCGAUUGCUAAUCAAACUAAAGAAAUGGUCAUUGAUUCUAAUAUGCAAAUAUCAUCAGACAUGGCCCAAGAAUCAGUUCAGAUAUCGAUACCAUCGCCGACUCCUUCUCAAGAGCGCUAUCUUAACGAUAUAACAAUGCGAGAGCAUUCGGAAACUGUAGAGGGUAAUCCUAAACAUGUUGAAUCGUUUGAAGAUAUGCUCUGUAUGCUCGAUAAUAUAGGAGACGAAGCUAAGACUUAUGGUGGAAAGCAACAACAGACUAAACUAACGAAUCCAACAACGGCUCAUAAUCCUAGCAAUCCAAUCAAUAAUCAAACUCAACAACAAGAAAAUAAAGAACAACAAGAACAGCCUUCAUUUACGUCAAGAGAACAAGAAAGAUUAAAUAUACAAUCCGCAAGUGUGCCGCAGUUGUCACCCUUAUCUCAACCCGCAGAGAUGACAUCCAAUAUGGCCAGUGUAUCACAACAGUUGAGAACUAUCAUGUCUUCACUGAAUACAAGUACUGCAAAAGUGGAAUCUCAAACUAUAACGAGAAAAAUUGGUGAUGCAACAACUCCUACUCAAGUUAAUUAUGAGAGUUUAUUACCGUCUUCAAAGGUUGAGGUCGCUACAUCGAGGCCGUCUCCUAUUCAAAGAAUUGAAAAACCACCCACAUCAAUUACUGGAACGGUAGAGUCGAUGUCGAUCAGUGCCGCCCAAGCAUUUGGAUCACGAGUAAACACAUUAUCAACAAUGGGACAGAUGCGAAAAUCACCUACUGUAUCACCCAUUAACUCGCCCGUGAAUAUGCAAAGCUCUUUAAUGAAGUCUCCAGCUCAAUCCCCACUUGUAACCAACCAAACAUUUAACCCCAAUGAGGAAUCCAUUGCGUCUUCUAUGCCAUCGCAAAUAAUUCAAAUGCCUGCUCUUUCAAAAAUUCAAAGCAAUUUAAGCAACCCGCAACUUAUACAUUCUCAUAACACAAUAACAACAAGUAUUAGCAGUUUUCAGAAAUCUCAAGUGUUACCAACCAGUAUAUUAGGCCAUACCUUACUUCAACCGGCUAGGCAAAUCAAUACUAGUAAUUUACAAUUUAAUCCUCAAAAUAUAAGUUCCAGUCAACCUCCAGCUCUUGUAAUGACGUCGAGGUCUAUAAUGAGUAAUAAGGAACCAGCUCCUAAUGUAACCGUUCGUACGCAUAGUAUUGUAAAUCCAGCAUUGAGUCAAAUGCAAGUUAAGCAAACUCAAGGCCCCCUUAAUUUUAUUACUUCAUCAAAAUUAUUACACACUCAAUUGACAUCACCUUUGAAAAGAUCAAAAUCAACUGAUGAGCCAAAAAGCGAAGUUAUUGUGGGGCACAUACAACCUACAAAGCGACACAGUGUGGAGUCUGUCAUUGUAAAAUCAGAACCUAUGGAAACAGAUGAUGCGAAUGCGUCGACUGCAUCUGAUAAUGUAGCUAAUAAAAAUUCACCACAAUUGAGCGCGAAUCAAAGAAAUGAUGAAUCACAGAAUGUAUUAUUGAAACAAUUGUUGCAAACGACAACGACGACGUCGAAUGUUGUACCACAAAGGACAGUAACAAUUCAGAGAACUGCUCCAGCUCUUGGGACAAUACCUUCACUAGAAGCGCAAUUAGCGAGACCAUCUAUUCCUCCACCUACACUGUCCUUAACACAAGAUGUAGAGAUACCCAAAAAUUCACCAAGGCACAUCACAAGCAUCAGUCAACCGUUUACAAGUCGAUCAAUAACAUCUAUUCCCACGUCUUCCAUGUCACCGAUGUUGCAGACAUCCACACAAUCUUUAAUGGAUGUUAGAAAGCAACCUGUGAAGUUGUUAAAUAAAGAAGAUACUACACCGAUUCCCGAAUGUUCUCCUACUAUGAAGACUAUGCCUAUGUACCCAAUGAGUGUCGAGAGCCAACAAAUGUUGCAACAACAAAUAAUAAAGAAGGAAGUUCUUCCCCCGCAGCAAAGUCCAGUGCAUAGACCUUUUACACCUAUGGAUGUAAAAAAAGAACUUCUCGAUGAAAGCUCUCAGCAAUCUGCAACUUCUGGGGUCUCGACUGCAUCCGAUCAAGGAAAGCUCGAUCAGCCAAUGAAAGAAGAAUUCCCUGAAAGUGUAAUUAUGGAUAACGCUUCGGAAAUUAAUCCUUCUGAAACGCCAUCCGAGGCUAAGAAACGUAAGAGGAGAGAAUAUCAACAGAAAAAACGAAAACAACUACAAAUGAAUUUGAAGGCGGCAGCCGAAAAUGGUAUUCACGCUGCUGCGAAGAAACGACCUCGUAAAGGCUCUAGGUAUGAAGAAGAUUAUGAUACCUUUAUUGAUAAUUUAAUGGCUCAGCUACGUCUGUUACCACCAAUGCAAAUACAAGAACCAUCAUUAACUACCAACUUUGCUGUUUGUCCAUUAUUUGGAUCAGGCGAUUUGACAAAAUUGAAAAAUAAAGAUUACGAUAUUUUGAAAGGAGAUUUAGUAGGUGAAUUUGGAAAUGCAAAGAUACCAAACGUCGCUGAUUAUUAUAAUACUAAACCAUUUGGAGAGGAAGAACCAUUGCCUGAAAAACCAACAGCAUCAACGCAAAGAGGGUUUUACGAUCAAGAAUUUCAACCAAUACUAUUCGAAGAGGACCCUGAAGACAAAAAGCUUGAUUUUAUUUGUAAAGAACGAGAUACAGAUACUCCUGACACUAUUGUCAGUUGUUCAAGUCCGGAAGGUUUUGAAGUAGAACCAGACGAUAGAUUCCCAGGACUUAAAUUAAUUGAUGAUGACGAUGAGGAGGAAGACGACGAUAUGCUUUUAUCUGGUCGUGUUUCACCCAUUAUACCUCUAAUUGCACCUAUACCUAUUCGCGUUAAACCCUUGUCCUUGUAUCAAUUGAGAGACGAAGAAGAUGGUCAAAAACAACUCAAAUCUAUCGAAGGUGAUUCACUUGUAAAGACUAAGAUGGAGGAUUCACCAGGAAAUACGGAAAAUAAUGAAAAUGUCACCGUUACCUUAACGCUAACUUCAGGGGCUGCAGAAGAUAUACUGGGAGUACUCAAAGAGCUUGCUGGAAUAUUGCAUAUUCCUCCUCCAACGUCAUAUCAAAUCGUUGAACGUACAGCUACGCCGCCAUCACAUAAAUUAGGAUUGUAUAGGUCAAAAGGAAAAGAUGGUAAAGAGGGAGCACCAAUUGACAUACAAAGCAUUUUAAAUGGAGCUGCAAAGUUCUGUCGACAUUGCGAUGUUGUCAUAUUAGAUUCAGUUGUUAGAGCUAAAGCUUCCGAGUUUCCAUUGCUAGCAGCAAACAAAGGUAACGCUGAAGAAAUACUGUGUGAUAGUGACUCAGAGUUAUAUUUCUGUAGCACUCAAUGUUACGAACGGUUUGCCUGGAGACCGACAAAUAUUAUUCUUGAUGGCAAGAGUAAAGCAGCCAUAAAAGAAGAUAACAAAUCUGACAUAGAAACGAAUUUAUCGAAAGAUCGUGAUGAUUUCGAUACGGCUUCAACAGAAAGUAUGGAAACUGAUGAUUUGGAUAUAAAACCAGAUAUUAAAGACGAAAAGAUGGACUUGUCAUUUAUGGAUUCAUUAGAUAACGAUGAACUGAUGAAAGAAGUGGGUGAUGAUGUAAGCGCACUGGAUGAAGAUUUGAAAAGUGAACAAGACGAAAAGAGUAAUCAAAGCGUAGAAAAAGAGAAAUAUAAGGGAAUUCGUUACAAAUUAUGGGCACCAGGUUGCAUCGGACCGCCAGUUAAAUACAAACGGCCAACUGAUAGAGAACUCACCGAGUUGGUAUUCCGCACCGGUGUUGCUAUUAUGCCGGUUACCAACGAGGAUUUCCGUAAGUGUGAGCUUUGUGGUAUUCAAGGAGACGGUGUAGCAGAUGGCGUAUCGAGGUUACUCAACUGUGAUGUAGAUAGAUGGGUGCACUUAAAUUGUGCGUUGUGGUCUGAAGGCGUAUAUGAAACUGUCAGUGGUGCUCUUAUGAAUGUGGACAACGCACUCGCGGCUGGUUCAAACGCGACGUGCGCAGUUUGCAGGCGAUUGGGAGCCACCGUGAGAUGCUUCAAAGUUAGAUGUGGAAGCGUUUACCAUCUUGGAUGCGCUGUGAAAGACAACUGCGUGUUCUACAAAAACAAAACUGCUUUCUGCGCUUCACAUGCUCCUAAGAACGAGAAAGACAACGAAUUAACAACUCUAAGCGUGCAACGUCGCGUAUACAUAUCACGCGACGAGCAACGCCAAGUCGCGUCUGUGAUGUUACACUCGGACACAAAUCACCUGAUUCGAGUUGGAGGACUCAUCUUCUUAAGUCCCGGUCAUCUGCUACCGCAUCAAUUAGCUGCAUUCCACACGCCUAACUAUAUUUACCCUAUUGGAUAUAAAAUCGUCCGCUUCUUCUGGUCAAUGAGCCGCGCGAACAGCCGCUGCCGCUACGUGUGCUGGAUAUCGGAGGAGGAGGGCAGGCCGCGCUUCCACGUGCGCGUGCAGGACGACUCGCGCCACGAGAUGUGCGCGCCCACGCCGCGCGCCGCCUGGGCUGCUGUUCUCGAUGCAGUGGCAACUUUAAGAGAAGGCAGAAAUGAGGAUGGCAUUUUGAAACUGUGGCCCAACUAUGUGACUGGAGAAGAUUUGUUUGGUCUCACUGAACCAGCUGUUGUCAGAGUUUUGGAAAGUUUACCCGGUAUCGAGACGCUAACCGACUACCGCUUCAAGUUCGGCCGCUCAGCACUACUAGAGGGCGGGCUAGCAGUGAACCCGUCAGGCUGUGCCCGCAGCGAAGCCCGAUGUGCCCGCGUGUGGCGGCGCCCGACCCGCUCGCUGGUGCCCGCGCAGCCCCCGCCCGCGGCGCUCGACUCGCCCGCGUGCCCCUACUCCAAACAGUUCGUGCAUACCAAGAGCAGCCAGUAUAAGAAGAUGAAGCUGGAGUGGCGGAACAAUGUGUAUUUGGCUAGAUCUAAAAUCCAAGGCCUAGGACUGUACGCAGCGCGAGACCUGGAGAAGCAUACUAUGGUAAUAGAAUACAUUGGUGAGAUCAUUCGUUCCGAACUGUCCGAAAUUAGAGAGAAGCAAUAUGAAGCUAGGAACCGCGGCAUCUACAUGUUCCGGCUGGACGAGCGGCGCGUGGUGGACGCCACGCUGUGCGGCGGGCUGGCGCGCUACAUCAACCACUCGUGCCAGCCCAACUGCGUCGCCGAGACCGUCGAGGUGGACCGCCACCUGCGCAUCAUCAUAUUCGCCAAGCGCCGCAUCUCGCGCGGCGAGGAGUUGGCGUACGACUACAAGUUCGACAUAGAAGACGACGCUCACAAAAUCAUGUGCAUGUGCGGCGCGCCCAACUGCCGCAAGUGGAUGAACUAAACCGACACUAUAUUUCACAUAAUUAUCACAAAACUUUAAUAUUAGGUAUUCAAACAAGUCGGUCGGAAAUAAUAGGUUAUGAUGCGUGUAUAGACGGUAAUAAGUGAAGGCUAUGAGUGUUAGUUAGAUGUACCAAAGUGAAAUCACUCUAACGUAGUCAAAUUGUUGUAAACACGUAACGGUAUACACUUUUAAGCUCAUGUGUGAUCUAUUUUAUAAGACUAUAAUAAUUUUACAAGAUAGUUUUGAUUAAUUUGUACGUGACCACUCACAGAGGUUAAAUAGUUUAAUCAUAAUUUUAUAUAGAAAUCAUUGUUAUUAUUAAAAGUUUUUAGACAAGAGUUUUCCGAAUAUAUAAAAAUUAAGUAUUUCUGUAGAUUAAGGUAUAAUUAUUAUUUUUUUGCUAUUCAUUCUUGAAAUAUUUCCCUUUUAUUUUGAAGAAUUUUUAUCACUUUCGAAUGUUUAUUUACUGUUGCUAUCGACUUAAUUCUAUCUAAAAUAAAUAAUAUGAUUAUGUGUAUAUGUAAAUUUAAUUAUUUUCUUUAUUGACUUGAAUGACUUUGACUUCAUCGAAAUGGGACGAUGAUCAAAAAUAUAUUUUAUGAAUUAUAAUAAUCUCAUGCGAAGUUUGCGGUAAAUAAGAUAUCCGUUUGCAUUUAGUGACGCGCGAUUCGUUUAGUCGUAGCCGUGUAUAUGAUCUGUCUAUUAGGUUAUUUAUCUACCGAAUGAUUGGUGAACUAUUUUUUUUUUAUAUUUGACCUGUGAAUAAAUGAUCGACAUUUAUUGGGACUAACAAAUAAAUAUAUCAUAUUUAUUUCGUAUAUUUUACAAUUGUAAUGAUAAUUGUAGGUACGUAAAUUAGAUGAUAUAACUUAGUGGACAGAUAAACGCCACAUCGUGCCUCACCGUUUUGUAUGUAGCACGUAGGAUAGACGUACGGACACCAGGGCGCCUUCUUUAGAUAUGUUAGAUUAGGAAAACCUCAUUUACAAUAAUACAUAUAAAUUAUAAUAAUCGGUAUAUACGCGAGAAAACAUAGCGUUUUAGAAUCUAGAACCCUAGUAUAAUAGUAGUUCUUUCUUUAACACUACUGUUUUAGUUAGAUAACGUAUUGACGUUAUAUCUUCCAUUUCAAGUUUCUUGAUUAUGUUUAUUAAAUUUAUUGUAAGUUUACUUCCUAAAAGAUUCGUUCACGAUUUGUGUCGAUUAGUUUAUAGUCAUUUAUAUUAUGAAACCACAAGAGAGGUAUUACAUUUGAAAGUAAUUAGUUUACACCAAUAUAUUUUAAAUUUACGCCCCCAUGAAUAAUCCCAAAUGUGAACAUACCUCACUCGUAGUCACGCAAAGCAAUCUUAGUGGCCAUUGUGAUUAGUGUGAGUUAUAAUGCGUGUCCUUAUAUAAUUAGCUUUAUAGUCGUGUAUAUGAAGUAUUGAAUAAUUUUUAAUACGGUGUUGGCUUUGUAAAGACGUUUGAGAGGCAAGAUUGUUUCAAAUCAUUUCGAAAUAGAUAAAUAAGCAGCCGGUAUCAUUGUGAUAAAACGUAAUCGUUAAAAAUGUUAUUUUUUCUACGACUAGAUACAUAUAUAAUUUUUCAUGUCAACAAUCUUGGCUCUCGAAUAAGCAUAAGUAUGGGCCACAUUGUGUCCCGGGCGGAGCACCUACAGGCGACGUUACGAUGUAGUUUUAAGUGUUAAAUGUGCAAUAUCAUAUGAAAGAUACCGUUUUUGUAAAUAAUUAUAAUGCAAUCGUAAUGUUUUCAAUAAGAAAUAAUCAUGUAUUAGGUUUAUGUUAAAAUGCGUGGAACACAAUCUGAGUGAUGUUACAUUGCUUUCCAUCAAAUUAUUUAUUAUAAUGCAUUCCCAUUCAUUUACAGCGGUAACAAGUAUCACUAUCAUGAGAAGGAAUUGUGUAUGUUUGUGAAGGUUCUAUUUAAAAUAUUUUAGAAUUAAUAUUUUUGUCACAUUUUUUCCAUUCAUUAAAACUUUUAAUUAUUUAAA